CAUUUCUGCAUUUCAGCACAUUGUGUCUCUGCUUAUGGACAUUUAGUAAGUUGUGGACAUACGUUAUUAAAAUGCUCUUGUGUUUUUAUCUUCUCCUUCUUCUCCACAUCACUGAAGGCUGCUGGCUGGAAGGAAAUGGAUACUUAAUAGACAUCGCUGCAUACACAGGAGGCUCAGUACUGCUGCCCUGCUCCUGCACUGACCUCCAGACCACACCUGAGACAUUCAAAUGGGAGAAACUCACAACAAAUGAACAGAAAUGGGUAAAGAUAUCUCCUGAGAGUGAUCAGUACAAAGAGAGAUUUCAGCUGGUUAAUGAUCGCUCUUCAGGAAAUCUCUCUCUGCUCAUAUCACACCUGACUGAAGAGGAUGGAGGAUAUUACAGGUGUAGUGUUAAAGGGAGUGAAUACAGAGACAUCAGACUCAUUGUUAAAGACGCACCGACAAAACCUUCAACAUUCGCACCAGUGACCAGAACAACUUCACCUCAUUCCAAACCAGAUCCUCAACACAUCUACAUCAGCGUUGGUGUUGUGAUGGCUCUGUUGCUGCUGCUGAUCUUCGGAGGAGUCAUGUACUGGAAACACAUUGAACAGAGACAUAGACAGACUGAGAUCAGUGAUGGACAAACAGGACAGCAGACACAGCAGAAAAAGAAGAACUUUACCGAACCUAUGAACUUGAUCACAACAUCAGAAUCCACUUAUGAAUCAGUACACACACAGAAUGAUUCUGUUGUGCCGUACACAGCUAUAAACCCACAAUCUCAACGCAACAAUGUGGAAGAAAAGGAUGAUGUGACGUACUCGACUGUAGUCCACGGCAACACUGUGAGAGCAGCACACACUCAACAAGCAUCAGGAGAUAUGACAGUAUAUGCCAGCAUCAAAACUAAUUAAGUAACACACACACGAGUAUAUCUGUGAGGCAUUUCCAUUGACUUGUUCGUUGUUGUAGCAAAAUGAUUCAACACUUACACAAUUUUUUAUUUUAUGUUUUUAUUAAAUAUUGUUUAAAAUUAUUUUGAACUAAUAUUAAUUUAUUGUGAUCAACAACAACAAUAAUACAGUGUU